GACAAGAGAGAGGGCCGAAAUGAUGAGGAAAUAAAGGGGGCGGAGCUAUCGCUGUUUAGCUUGGUCGCGCGCGCGCACACACACAUUGGCGCGAGCCCCCUCUGAGUGGUUCCUGGCGCGAAGUCCCUAGACGCUGGCAUGAAGGGAGGCGCCGCAAAUUGCUGGAGGUCCAAUCAAGGCAACAAUAUGGACUCACUGGAGGAGACUGGAGGUUCCUCAGCAGAGGAAACUGGAAAUUCUUCAACUGAGGAGAACUACUUUGUGAAUUAUACAUUCACUGACCGUUCUCAUUCAGGCCGUGUUGCUCAAGGGAUUAUGAAACUGUGCCUAGAGGAUGAGCUCUUUGCUGAUGUUACCAUUUCUGUGGAAGGCAAAGAAUUUCAACUGCACCGACUAGUCCUCUCUGCUCAGAGCUGCUUCUUUCGUUCUAUGUUCACAUCCAACCUGAAGGAGGCACAUAACCGGGUGAUUGAGUUACAAGAUGUUAGUGAGAGUGUCUUUCAGCUUCUAGUAGAUUAUAUAUAUCAUGGAACUGUGAAGCUGAGGGCAGAAGAUUUGCAGGAAACAUAUGAAGUGGCAGAUAUGUACCAACUAACUGCCCUCUUUGAGGAGUGCUCCCGUUUCUUGGCUCGAACAGUACAAGUGAAAAACUGUCUGCAGAUUAUGUGGCUGGCUGAUCAGCACAGUGAUGUGGAACUCUACACAGCUGCCAAGCACUGUGCCAAGUCAUAUUUAUCACAACUUCAGGAAACAGAGGAGUUUCUGCACCUUCCUCUCCGUCUCCUGACAGAUAUUAUCUCAGAUGGGGUUCCAUGUUCCCAGAAUCCAACAUCUGCCAUAGAAACCUGGAUUGGCUUUAAUAAAGAAGAGCGUGGAGGUUUUUCAGAGAUACUGCGGUCAAAUUUAAAGGAAAUUGGAGAAAAUGUUCACAUCUACUUGAUUGGAAAGGAGUCAUCCCGUACACAUUCUCUUGCUGUAUCACUGCACUGUGCUGAUGAUGAAUCCAUCUCUGUUAGUGGUCAAAACAGCUUGUGUCACCAGAUCACUGCAGCCUGCAAGCAUGGUAGUGACCUGUAUGUUGUUGGAGGAUCCAUUCCACGUCGCAUGUGGAAAUGCAACAACACAACAGUAGACUGGGAAUGGUGUGCACCCCUGCCCCGUGACAGGCUUCAACACACUCUGGUUUCUGUACCCAGUAAGGAUUGUAUCUAUUCACUGGGUGGCAAGACACUACAAGAUAUCCUCUCUAAUGCAAUCAUAUACUACAGAGUGAAAGACAAUGUAUGGACAGAAACUAGCCAACUGGAGGUAGCUGUCUCUGGAGCUACAGGUGUAAAUCUCAAUGGUGUCAUUUAUUUGUUGGGUGGUGAGGAAAACGACCUGGACUUUUUUACCAAGCCUUCGCGGCUUAUUCAGUGCUAUGACACCAACACAGAAAAGUGCCAUGUGAAGCCUUACGUGUUACCUUUUGCAGGCUGCAUGCAUGCUGCAGUGCACAAGGACCUGGUGUUCAUAGUAGCAGAAGGGGAUUCGUUGUUGUGCUAUAACCCUCUACUGGAUAGCUUCACCAGACUCUGCUUGCCAGAUGCCUGGAGUUCAGUGCCAUCCCUCUGGAAAAUUGCUAGCUGUAAUGGGAACAUCUACAUCUUCCGAGAUCGCUACAAAAAGGGAGAUGCCAACACCUUCAAACUCAAUCCAGCCACUUCUGUGGUAACUGUCACCAGUGGUCUGAAAGUGCUCCUUACAAAUUUACAGUUUGUUUUGGCAUGAGGGAAGAAAAAACUAUCACCAAGACAGUGGAAACAUUCCAUUAAGCAGGGCAGAGAUGUGUAGACCCCAUAGCACCAGUUAUCCGAGGCAGACCUCACUAUAUUUAGAAUUCCACCCUUCCUUCAAACUUCCACUCACAAAACAGCAGCACCACUACCCACACUUGCUCUCACUAGCACUUUACUAGUGUGGUCUGGGUCCUUUCUGGAUUGCUGCUAGCAUUAUAGCCUCUGCUGAUCAACAUUUGUGUCUCAAAGCCCCACAGCUAAAUGGCUUUUAAGGCUUAAAUCUUUUACCACCAGCAAAUACUUGUAAAAGUAAUUGAAUUGUUACUCCAGUUACUUAGAGCUCCCCAUGUUGCAGGUUAUGUAGUGUUUCAGAACAUCCUAGGGAGCUGCAACUACCAGACAAGUUGUUAACCCUUCCUCAAUAGAGCUCUUUAGUGAAAGGUACUGAAAAUAAUACAUGCUGCAGUUUUCUAGAUUGUGCUAGGAAUAGAGGCGACCACUAUUCCCUGCUAUUCCAUCUGGCAGGAAAAGCAUCUCUUGCUGACAUUGCACCAAUGGUGAGAUGCCCUGCCCUGAUACUUACUGUCAAACAUGUCUGUUGAUACAGUAAAUCCCGAGGUGCAAAACUCAAUAAAGGCCUCUACUGGAACAA